AUGGCUAGUUCUAGUGUGAGCAGAUUCCUCGACGCCGGCAUACCGAGCGAUAUGGAGAUGGGUCACCUCUUUCACCCCAGCAAGAUACGGGUCGACAAGCUCUCGCUCCGGCGACUGGCGCCAAGGAUUGACCAGAUUUUAUUCAACAAUGUUCAGGAUUUAAAAGAGGGUUUAGCCAAUAGUGGUGACGAAGUUUUAUCAUUCAUCUUCCUACGUCAACAGGAUACUUGGGACUACAUUCAACUCAGCGAUCAAGCGUUCGUCUACUUAAUGCGCACUUGCCAAGUUUUCACGCCAUUUUGGGAUCUCGUGCGAGGCUUUGGAAUCAAGUUCGAAUCAAAAGACGAGAACAUUGUUGGUCUGAAGAGCAAACUGUCCGCUGGGAGAUCGGAAUUAUGCUACAACGUUCGCUACUUCGAGAAACAUAACCGUCCAGGCACGAAAGCGAUCUGGUCAGAGAGACAGGUAGCCCUGUACCAUACUUUCGAUCUAGAUGAUCAAAGCUCCUUAUGGAUUAUCAUACAGCCAUCAAAAAGUAUGGAGUUGAAACUCCAGAGCUGUGUGCAUGACAUAAAGGACUUCGAUCUUUUGCCGUCUGACCAUUUGGAUAUACACGCAUUAUUUGUAUCCGUCCUUGCAUCAAAUUGGAGAUCAUAUAUCAAUUAUUUGGAAGAUCAGCUGUCUGAAGUGGAUGAGAAGGCACUGAACUCUUCCGUCGGAACCCCUUGCAGACUCGACUACACUGUCACAUUCCGCGAUGUCCAAGAUCUAGAGCUCAUUCGGAGGAAACUCUUAAAGGCCGCGUUAAUUCUAGCAUCAAAUGCGGACGUUGGAAGAUCGUUGAACGCACAUAUCGGAAAAGUUGCUCAAGCACUGCAAAAGAGCGAGAUUCCAAGCAGUCACGAGGUGCUUGAUCAAUUUGCUGCCGACCUCGAAAUGCAUGCAAAAGUUGUGACACUUCUCCUAGAGAAAGUUAGGGGUACUAAGCAUCGUCAUGAAGAGAUAAGCUUGACAACGAGUGUAGCCAUUCGCAAUGAUGGCUCUCAAAUCAGAAAGCUCACUGAGCAAGCGACGACUGCAAGCAACCUGAUGACGGGCCUGACAAGAAAAAUGCGUAACGAUUCGAAGUUCAUGAAGAUAAUUACCUUUCUGGCUCUUCUCUACGCACCUGCAUCUCUGGCUGCUGUAAGGUGA